AUGUCGGUGGUUGAGAAAGGAAGGGUAUGUGUAACCGGUGCCGGAGGUUUUCUGGCUUCGUGGGUCGUCGAUCUUCUCCUCUCCAAGGAUUACCUCGUCAAUGGCACUGUCAGAGACCCUGAUAAUGAAAAGUAUGGUCAUUUGAAGAAGCUCGAGAAAGCCGGGGACAAACUCAAGCUCGUCAAGGCCGAUUUGCUGGACUACGAGUCUCUUCAAUCCGCAAUUUCAGGUUGUGUUGGCGUCUUCCAUGUCGCAAGCCCGGUUCCAUCAUCUUCUGUCCCAAAUCCUGAGGUGGAAGUGAUCGCACCGGCUGUGGAUGGCACGCUGAAUGUGCUCAAAGCAUGCGUUGAAGCAAAGGUUAAGCGUGUGGUGUAUGUUUCCUCUGCAGCUGCGCUUCUGCUGAACCCUAUUUGGUCAAAGAAUCAAGUUUUAGAUGAGACUUGUUGGUCUGACCAGGAAUAUUGCAGAAAAACUGAGAAUUGGUAUUGUUUGUCAAAGACACAGGCAGAGAGUGAAGCUUUCGAGUUUGCGAAACGAACCGGGAUUGAUCUCGUCAGCGUUUGUCCCACCAUGGUCUUUGGACCUGUACUUCAGCAGCACGUUGUAAAUGCUAGUAGCCUUGCUCUUGCCAAGCUUCUUACAGAGGGAUUUGAAACGAGGGAGAACCAAAUGCGACUUAUUGUAGAUGUGCGUGAUGUGGCUCAAGCUUUACUUCUGGUUUAUGAGAAAGCAGAAGCUGAAGGGAGAUACAUAUGCGUAGCUCACACUAUUAGAGAACAAGAAGUGGUUGGGAAGCUAAAGAGUCUUUACCCAAAUUACAAGUACCCAAAGAGAUACAUUGAAUUGGAAGAAAGACCGACGUUGAGUUCAGAGAAAUUGCAGAAGUUGGGUUGGAGUUUCCGGCCGUUGGAGGAGACGCUUGUGGAUUCGGUGGAGAGCUACCGGAAAGCAAAGAUUGUGGACUGA